AUGAUGCGACGGUCUAAGAGUUUGCGUGUCUCGGUCGCUAUAGGGCUUAUCUUGACCCUGGUCCUGGUCAAUCGCCAUGUCGCUUCGAUCGAGCCGGUGCAGACUGGUGAUUCAAAUUUUAAAUCCGAAUUUGUGAUUGAGGAUGGUGAAGGUCACAUUGAGCUGGUCUCAGUAGACCGAUAUCCUCGCGCUGUUAUCAAUUCUGCGCGCGCUGCAUCCUCACAUGCGCCAAGUGCGCCACCCUCGAUCUCGCAAACGAUACCAAAACCUGCUCCUUCGCCGACGGUGGAAGCCUGGCUGGAGCCGACAAAACCGGCCCCUCCAACCAGGUUUGCGCCCAAGCAGAUUCCCGUUAAUGUGCCUGGCGAAUUCUUCUGGGAUGACGAGGAUGAUUCGUACCUGGAAGACUAUACAGAGAAAGAGGAGGUGCAGUUAGGGCAGCGACAAAAGCAUAGCAAAUCGACAUCGACAUCCUCAUCGCCACCAAAACCAAAACCCACGCCGAAAUCCGAUCGCAUUAUCGUGUUAGGACGGAUGUCAUAUGAAGAUGCGACAUGGCUGGAAGACGAACUGCCAGAAUGGCAACACGCAGUCUAUGUCGUCGACGAUCCUAAUGCUAAACAUACAGUUCAGCUCAAUAAAGGCAAAGAAAGUAAUGUCUAUCUCCAAUAUAUCGCAGAUCAUUACCCCAACUUCCCGGAUUACAUGGUUUUCCUACAUGCCCACCGUUGGGGCUACCACGUCGAAUUCCCUGAGCAAGACAACGCCUUGGCUGUUCAGCGGCUCCAGCUCGACUAUGUCAAAAAGAACGGAUAUGUCAAUAUGCGCUGUCAAUGGGAACCAGGCUGCCCAGAAGAAGUCCAGCCGUUUCGACAGCUGGCCGGACGGACGACGGAGAUCGCCUUUGCUGGUGCUUGGAUGCGCAUUUUCAACAAUACCAAUGUACCAGAGGUGGUCGCCGUCCCUUGCUGCGCUCAAUUCGCUGUGACGCGGGAACAGAUUCUUGCAAGACCGCUCCAUGAAUACUUGGCCUUUCAUCGCUGGCUGAUGGAGACGGAGCUGGAUGAUGAGACAAGCGGUCGAGUGUUUGAAUACCUCUGGCAUAUUAUCUUUGGACAAGAAAACAUCCUUUGUCCUGCCAAGGAACAGUGUUACAUGGAUACCUAUAAUAUGGAGUGGGAUCCUUCAUUCGAUCCGAUCGAUGAGACAUCUUGGGUCGAUGAUUCCUUCUGGGAUGAUUUUGACAUGGACAAUCUCGACACGUACGAGAACGGUCAAUUCUACGACCAAGACACCUUCGACGUCGAUACAAUGAUCCAGAACAACAUGGACAGUGAGAAGUCGCCUCAAAAUAACGCUAAGUCCUCCGAGCAAGACACUUCCUACGUCGAUAUCAUGGACCCGGACAACCUAUACAGCGAUAUUCCGGUUCAAAAGAACAUACAAGUUGAUAACGAGCAUCGAUGA